UUAAAACAAAAUAUAUUAUUAAAGUUAAUUUUAUAGAAGUUAGGUAUAUUAAAAGUAUUAAAUCUGCUAUCUAAAAUGGACCCUGUCUUAAAUUUUGAUCCAUGGUUUCUCAUCCCGCCUCCAGAAGUAAAUAAUAUACAGCAUUCAGAUUACUACAUAAAACAUGGAGAAAACAAGAAAAUUCGUAGAAAAAUAUUUGAAAAUGUAGAAUACGAUGAAUUUGAAAAGAAAUGCUUAGUAGAAUUCAAAGAAUUUGUGAGAUAAAAUAAUGUCUAAAUCCCUGAAGGGUUUAAAGAAAGUAGCUAUCUUAAAAUGUUGCAAGCCGGUAAAUAUAAUAUGAAAAAAUCUCUUAAGGCACUAACAUAGCAUGUAGAAUGGAUCAAUAAUCCUAAAUGGCACACUCUUGACUAGUUUUCUACAAACUUCUUGAUGUCAGGAAAUGUUUAUCUUUGCGGUAGAGACAAGCAAUUGAGACCUGUUAUCUAUAUGGAUUGCUAGAACUUAAAUCUUAAAACACAUGGAGCUGAUUAAAUUACUCAAGCUAUGUGUGUUUUUUUAGAAAUGAUUAAAAAAUAUAUGAUGGUGCCAGGAAAGGUUGAAAAUUGGAUUUUUAUUAUUGAUACAAGAGAAAAGGGUAUUUUUUCUUUACCUCUUAAGGCUCUUGGAGUUAUUAUUGAUGCGAUGCAGGUUAAUUUUGGUGGCUGUCUUGAAAGACUUUAUAUCCUUAAUCCUAGUUUUGGUCUUAAAAAUAUUUGGAGUGUGAUCGAAAAGAUGAUUGAUGAAGAAGCUGCUUCUAAAAUAAAAUUUUUGGACAAAAAGCAACUAAGCUAAAUGCAAAACGAUAUUGAGCCUAGGUAUCUUUAAAAAAAAUACCAAGGUCAACUCGAUGAUCUUACUUAGUUUUGGCCACCUAUCGAUAUUUACACUACAAAAGAAUAAAAAGAAGAGAGAUAAAGAAAGCUAAAUCCUGCACCAGUUCCAGUUGUGGCUCUUGCUGCUCCUUCUGCAACUAACCAAAUUGUAGAGACUAAAUAAAUUUAAGAAGUUUAGAAGUAGGAUUAAGAAAUUUCAUUGUAACCAAAUGAUAGAAAUUUUAUUCAAAACAAUAAUUCAAACUAAGUAAAGCCAUUUUCGUUCGGAGGAUCGAUUUCAGCAGAACCUUUAAAAUUAGAUAGCUAAGAUCAUUAACAAACAGAAUAAUAAAAGGCCAAGUUAAACAAGGAAAGUACACCAAAAGUGCUUAAUAAUCAAAAUAGAGGAGAAGGUAGCAACAAAGCAAUAGAUGAAAAGAUGAGCCAGUCAUUUGGGAAUACUCAUUUUGUCUAAUCAAUGAAAGCCUCGUCAAAGCGUUUUGUUGAAGAUUUCAAAUAAGAAUCUAGCAAAGAUUAGAUAAAUUAAUCAGCAACUUUCCAAAUUAAUAUAUAACAUGUAGAAAAUUAAUAGAUAAUAUUUGACAAUGUGAAUUAAUUUAAUAAAUAGGAUGAACCUUAAUUAGAUAUUAAUAAGAAUAUUAAAUAAACAAAUACAGCAACAACUGCAACUACUUAAGAAACAAAAUAAGAUUUUGUAAAUACAUAGAAUAGCAUGUAAUCAUAAGCAUCUCCAGGAAAGAAGGAAGAGUAAUUUAAGGAAGUAGAAAAAGGAUUUGUCGUUUUAUAGGAAGAAGAAGAGGAAGGCCAUACUGUUACAGCCACAGACGUCAAUCAACUAAUUAAAAAAUCUAAAAAUGUAUUCGCAAAAUAAAAUACAACAACCAUUAAAGAAGACAAAAAAAUGGUAGAAAUAGAAGAAAUUGGAGUAAAUUAGAACAAUAAAGGAUGCUGUGGUUAAAAUAGUAAAUGCAAUAUAUUCUGA